AUGGAUCGUCUCAACGAAGAUGUAUUACGCGAGAUAUUUCGCUCCGUUGCCAAAACUCACGCUGAUGGCGCGUUUAUCCUGCUCACGGUGUCUACUUCGUGGCAGGCAUUGGCUCUCCAAGUCAGUAUGGCAGACUUGUGGAUAUACAUUACAAUAUCAGAUCAAACCGAAGAUCUCGACGCAAGGCUGCAAAUUUCGCUCGCGUUCGCCCGUGGCCGCCCACUUGCCGUCAGGUUUCGUUACUCUCCUCGAAUUAUUCCGGCAUUAUUUCGAGUAUUAGCUUACGACAUAGCAAGUCUAACGGUUUUGGCACAUCGGCAGUCCUGGGACUCACUACAAGAGACGUUUGACUUGCUCAAAGGUGCGCUCAGGACAACUAGAGAGAGAUUUGUCCCACAGAUUCUAUGGACCGACAUUGAUGAACGCCUUUAUGUACGCUUCCAGCGUCUAGCUCUUGGAUGGUGUGACGUUGAUAGGUAUUUCCCAUUCUUGCCACCAUUGGUUCAAAACGACCUUUGUGGGCGCCCGUUUCCAACAGUUGAAAGGGUACCAACCAACUUGAUAACACUCGUCCAACUGAGAGAUACUGAUCGCAUUUCGUCAAAUUCUGCGGAUAAUCUUUACAAAAAUUUGCCCUACCUCGGAACGAUGACGCAUCUUUACGCUCUCAGUCUUGACUACUCGCCACCCAUGGCUCAAGACGCACCAACGCUGUACCUACCCGGCCUCGAAAUCUUGCACUUAGAAGUUGAAACAAGUUGGUCCGAUCAUACCUUUACCUCAAAGCUACGGGUUCCAAAACUUCGUCGCUUUUGGCUUAGGGGGAGAUUUAAGUCAACAUGCGAUAUUGUUCGCACCAUGUCCGAUGGCCUUGUGCUUGACGAGUUACUAUUGGAGCAGUCCAGGCUCGACGGUAUCUCAAAUACCCUGGCCAUCAAGCCUACGAGGAUCCCCCAUUCAGUGGAUAAACUCACAAUAGUCGCAAAGGUCUCGGUCAAGGAAAGCCCAAAUCUGCAGCUGCAGCGACUCCUCCUACCGCUUAGACACCUUUUACAAAGUACUAAAGCUAAUAGACUCCAUAUUAGCUUGCCUUCAUGCUAUUAUGGCUACUUAUACCAUCUUAAGGAGCUCCAGGAACCGAUACACACCAUCAAAUUACUCAAAGACGUCGGUGCCGCUACAGACGGCCAGGCAUCGCCGUCUACCCACGUAGGCUCACGUGCUAGCGUUUUAUGCGACACGUUCAUUCUGGACAGAGAGUCAGUCGGACCAAUUGAAUGGGUUCCCUCGGCGCGAAAGAUCGUCGUAAAAUCAUUCUUCGAUCCGCUACUUAUCCCAUACGAGUGGUUAUCCGUCAUACAGGAGUUCGAAAUUCACACUAUGAUACCCGCCGCCGUUAUUCUCUUCGGCUCGCAGUCGCAAGGUGACAAGUCGCAUACACGGCAAGCGGAUGGAACGUUGGUGACCGAAUUUUAUACGUUCACAUCACUAUCCAGGCUUGUAUGCUUCUCACAGCUCGCUGAAUCGCUUCUCUCCCCACUCUGCGCGUCUCCAUCUAAACGACCUUCACCAUUGUACUGCAUAUUCCCCGCUUUAAGCGAAAUCAUACUAUGGCACGCAACUGGGAAGUUUGCGCGUUCAAGUGACGGCGUUAUUCGACUACUCGCCGCUCGCUUGGGAGACAUGCCUCUGCUCCGUACUAUUGGCAUUAACUGGUUCCCAGAGUGGUAUCCGGUAGGACCCCUUAUUCUGAAAUGGCCGGCCAGCGAGAAGAGUGGUCGCCUGUCUCGUACAGUUGUUCAAUGGAAAGGAGCCAAAGGAGGCAUUUCCUUAUGA